UGGUUUGCAGGUUGCCAGUCAGUCAGUCUGACUUUGGUGAAGUUGUGGUCGUUGUUUGCGGGGUCACCCUCAAACAGCUGCUGGCCUCUGCCAAUUUAGAUUUAUUUAUUUAAAACCAGUACAAGAGGACAGGACCCUGGGAAUGGGACAGAGUGACCCAACAUACUGAAUACAAUUGGGUCAGAUGGGUGAGGAAGAAGUCAUAUCGUCGGAGUUGCCUACAAGGCUUCAUCCGCUUCUCAACGACGUGGUGCUGGACACCCUUGUGACCUAUAUCUCGCCCAACGACUUGGCCCAUGUCCGUAAAACGUGUAGCAAAUGGGCACACUACUCAGCCCCCAGAUUCAGACAAGAGUACACCGUGGACCUCAGCGGAAACUGCAUCACGGCCGUGUCAAGGAAAGUUGCCCGCUUUAUUUACGCCAUGCCCUCCGACUCACCACUGCCAUUUGAUUCGUUUAACAUGUCGGAAAUGAGGCUGGGAGUGGGAUCUUUGGACAGGACUUUCAUGACUCAUAUUGUUCCCCGAAUACGACGUCUUCGCCUGGUCACGAGAAACAGGUCGUCCUUGGCAUUGCACCACUUUUGGAAGCUGAUACAGGGUUUGGAAGAAUUGGAAGAGUUGGAGUUGGGCCUUCCUCCAGAAAUAACCUCCUCCUCACCUGCCGCAGAAAUCGAGAGGAUUAGGCUGACCAAGGUCAGUCGAGUCAAAUGGUUAUCGUCCAACUUGGACGUGGAUGAAGACGAGGAAAAUGUCGGAAUUAUCUAUGGGACAGAAUUCCUCUCCACUUUUUACAAAGCUGUGACAUGUUCUCUCCAAAAAUUAGAACUUCCUAGAAUCGAAGCGUGGAGACAUUUACAAGCUAUUGGAACUCUGGGUGAUUUAUGUCGUCUCAAUUCUGUACAAUUCUCUACUUUACGCCGUCAAGAUCUAGAAGUGCUGGAGAAGAUGUGUGAAAGCAAAGAAUUACAACUGCAGCUCUCGGAAUUUAUCAGUUCUGCAAUCGCUUCGGACAUACAGUCAGGAUUACUUGAAAGGAUUUUAUGUUAUCAAUCUGGGUCCUUGAAAACGCUCAAGAUUGGAUGGACGGAGGAACAGGAUCGUGGCGACGUGUUGGAGAUCUCCUUUCCACAAAACUUUCCAAAAUUGCGGGUCUUGAGCCUGAAGCUCGCCAAUAACCAGCGAUACCAGCCGAUCUGCUUUGAAGAAAAAUUCCCCAGUUUAAAAGAACUUUGUGUAAAGGUUAAAGAGACGGGAAAUAGAGGACGCAUUUACUUUUGGGAGGAUUUGAUUCAGCAGAAACCGGUACAAUUGUCCACAAAAAAAGUUCAUUUAUUGUGGAAACUAGAGCUGAUUGGAGUGCCGUUGCGUUUCCCAGAAAGCCUUUACGACCUAAUGAUGACAUUUCCAAACGUCCAAUCCCUCACGCUUGGCCGACCCUUGAAAAAAACUUUGACAGCACUGUGGUCAACUUGGCCACAACUCAAGGAACUCAAAAUUAUUUCGGCGUGCCCACAAAUUGACGAAGUUCUCACAGGUAUCCCGACACCAAUUUGUAGACGGAUUCUAAUUGAUCGGGAUUUUAACCAAGAUUUGGAUACGAAAGAGGGUGGCAUCUUGUAUCCAUAUUUGGAUGGUUCUGUCCCUUCCAUUCGUGACUUGAAAUACCUUGAACGCUUUGAAAUGAACGGGAGAUUGAAUUGCAAACUGCAAACAUUGUCAUGUCUUCCUAGUGACGUUGCUGUUUACUUUGGAUUCAUGCAAAUGCCCGAAUUGAAGAACAUUCUUAUCCAUCGGAGUCUGAUAUCCGGAGAAGCAAGUUUUGAGCUACAGCGUUGCUUGCCACCCUGGGGAACUGUGAAGGUGGAGCAAAUAAAAUUCGAGUUUGACGAAACCAUCGAUGCGUUUCAAUUUCACAAAAAUAAUCAGCAGUUGAUGAAACUCUUGUGUCGAUAUCCGAACCAAAGCUUGCAGAAUCUCCCCUCAUUCCUAACCUCACUUUGGAUCGAGGGAAGGCUGGACCUUUAAAAUACUGCCGGUAGAAACAAAUGUGCAUGUACUUACAUAGUACCUGAAUGUAGUGUCAGUCCUGGGCUGGGUAAUACAUAUGAACCUCACUCAUGUAUUUAAAACCAAAGAAUAUUAUUAUGCUACAAUUCCGUAUUAUGAUAAAACCAAUUGUGAUUAUCAACCUCAUAACGAAAAUUAUUAAAUCUUACACAAUCGAACUCAACAAAA